AUGGUCGGGUACGGGAUAUGCGUGCUUACCUCCUUGGUAUGGCUGUGUGUGCGGCUGUACAAGUUCCUCACGAUAUCGAUCGCGAGAGUCAUGUCGACACUGGACGUCUCGACGCCGCCCGCCGUGAAGUUGUCCAUUGACAAGAUAUCUAGGGACUCAAUCACCGUACACUGGGAGAACGAACCGGCAGAAAAUGCCGGUGGUGGUGGCGCACGCACACAUGGGAUCUCGCAGUAUCUACUCUACCUCAACAACAGCAAGCUUGGUGUGUUCCCAAAUUGCCCACAGGCAUUGUAUACAUGCUGCUCGAUAAAUGGGCUCAAAUGUGGUGAGACUUACCAGAUAGAUUUUGUCACAGUUAACCGCAGCGGGUACAUCAACAAAUUACCGUCUGUGUUUCUCACCACAAGGGCAAACGAUCGUACUAUACCAGACCCGAAAACGAGCGGCCCACUCCUACGCAGGAGGUGGCGCAGAAACACGCUCACACAAUCAACGUCGAACGAAGAAGUGACCCCCACCUCAGUGGAAAACAAUAUUAACCCACCACCUUCCUACACAACUUUGACCAACUUGGCAGACCUCGAACAGUACUCCAUUGAAGAUUUGAAGAAAAUUUUGGUCUGCGCACAAGAGGAUCUCCACGAUGUGUUGGGCCAGCAGAGUACACUUUUACAGGAGUUCCAAGAGAAUAGGGAACAGUUGUCCCUAGAACUGGAAAACUUGAAAACGCAUUGGUCGCACGAACUGGAUUUCAAGAAGUCACUCAAAUCGAGUAUUAAAUCUUUGGAGAACGCCAAGUUGUUCUCCGACGUCAAGUAUACAAAAUUGAACCAACGUAUUGAGAAGAUUAAACAGAAAUUGGAUAAGAUGAAUCAAGACAUUUUUAACUGGGAAACCGUGGAGAAGUCGCAAUUGAACGAGGCGAAACUGAAGAAGGAUUAUAAAAAUAGGAUCUCACUGAUCAGCGGACAAAUUCAGAAAUUCACCAAUUUGGCCGCUAGUGUUCAACAAGAGAUAGACGCGUUGGAGAGACACAAUAAAGAGCUUGCUGCCGCGAAAAGAUCUGGUAUCGUAGCUAACCCUUCAACUCCAAACGAUACAAAGAAACCAGCAUCAGACGAAAGAAUCAAUAAGGUUAUUAGAAAGCUGAACUCGCUCACGAAUAAAGACACGGGGCUGCUCUCCCAGCAGGGGGAGGAGUACCUGACGAAACUGAAGGAGACUAGUCCAAUUAUCAAGAUUAUUAAAGAACAAUACAACAUUGACAAGAAAUGUGAAAGGAAGUGGGGGGCCAAGAGAUCCAAAAUUGUGGACCAAUGCACGGCGCUGGAGCAGAAAUUUGAUCGAUUAAGCAUGGAAAACCAUCAAUUGAGGUCCAAUGGUUACCAGCAAACAGCAGCGACAGAGGCACAACAGAAAGGGGACACGUCUUGGGAGCUACUUGCUGACUUACCAAAUGGAUUUGUUAAUGGUACAAUACAAUCAAGUACUACGAUGAAUGGCCAGAUUGCAAACCAGUUAGAAUCGGCCUCACCUCCCGGCAUCAAUGAAAACGUGAACCGGGAGAACUCUCAUAUUUAUUCAGGGUUCACCGAAACAGUUGAACAGCACUCUCCACACUUUAUGUCGCCUAUUACAUCAAUCGGGGAGAACUACAUUCAGCCGCCAAAGAACGACGGGUAUGGGAAGGCAGACCGCCUUCCUAUUUUCCCCUCUGGUGGGGCCACUGCAUCAACUGGGGUGACGAAUGUCAAUGCGAAUUCCAUCCCCAUUGCAAAUCCUUUGCAUUUCCCCUGGGAUCGUUCUGGCGGGAGUCUAGAUCCGAAUCAGAACAUCGAUUAUGGCAACACGGAUCAUUUGAUUACGGGAUUGCAGGAUAUGAUAUACGACGAGGCUGAUUAUCCGGAUAAAAUUAGUACAUAUUCGAAGGGGUUUACCACGGAUCAAUUGGACAACUACUGGACCACGCAGAAAUCUGCCCCCGUAACGUCACUACCAUUACCUCCACAGGCGACCCCCUCCCAACCAAUGAACAUCGGUAAUGGUGCCUCGCAGUUGCAUCCUCCGUACAUGGAGUUUGCAAGCAAUGAAUUUGACACUACAUUAAUCUCCCACUACGGGAACGGCGACUCCUAUUCCAAAUCACCACUACUGAUGCAAAACCAGAGUCUGCUUGCAGCGACAUUAAACGAUUCUGCGAAUCUGUCCCCCUUUGCCUCGUCGCUAAGACAGGUUGAGUCGUAUGGGACACACAUCAGUACCGCGGGCAGUGGCAACGUCAACGCUGCCUUCCCAAGUCAAAUGGAUGGCCAGUCGAUAGGCACCGGGUUAAUAUCUGUGGAAUCGACCCCCAAUGGCCUACCAUCGCAUGUGCUAUCGAGCACCACGCCUCCUCCGGAGAGAUCAGCGAAGUCAUCCCGCGAUGGGCUGUUCCACUCGCCAUCGUUUAACUUCAUAUGGCACUCGCCGCAGAAGAACACUGCCAAGAAAACAGGUUUCUUCCACUCCUCCUCUACGGACCGAGACACGGUACAGCCACAUAAGACACACAAGAGGGAGAAGAGUAGCAGCAGCAGCAUAUCCACUUGGAGUGCCAAGCUAAGUCUGAAGAGCAAGACCUCCGCGCAUAACUCCAACCCUCCACAAUCACCAACAAGAAGCAACAAGAGCAAGAACGACGACAUCGGCGAGGAGACUGAAUUUGACGAGCCCGCUAUCAUCCCCCCUCCAACCCCCUGCAUCGCCCGUCCCGGAGAGCGCGGGGAGGAAAGUGUCCCGUCUGUUGUCCAGGAGCACGAUGAACAACCUGUUCAAGCAGCACAGCCAGGACACAACCACUACAUAAUUUUGGACCCAGCGACAGCUCUGUUGGCUCUCAACUUGCUGUGUCCGACCGUAUACCACCGCAGUGCACGCUGCCCAUCUACACGGGAACCUUGUAAUUACCUACAAACUCAUCGCAUCACCCGGAUGCUUUAA